UGGCAGAAACCGCCUUAUGUUUUCCCUUAAAUGGUUUUCCCGAUUCUUCUUCUUCUUCUUCUCUCACUACGUGGCUGACAAAUGGUUCCAUCCCCUUUCUUCCACCGUAUAAAUACAAUCCCUCCCUUCUCUUCAUCUCUCCACAUAUAGAAAGCAAAACCCAAAAGCACUUUCCAAUCCAUUAAACUGUUUCCAGAUCAAAACUAAGAGGUUGCAGGGAAAAAAAAAACAGAGCCAUGUCGAGCACUAAGGGCCAGGUCAUUCGCUGCAAAGCUGCGGUUGCAUGGGAGGCAGGGAAGCCAUUGGUGAUCGAAGAAGUGGAAGUUGCGCCUCCACAGGAAAACGAAGUCCGUCUCAAGAUCCUCUUCACCUCUCUCUGCCACACCGAUGUCUACUUCUGGGAAGCCAAAGGCCAAACCCCAAUGUUCCCUCGCAUCUACGGCCACGAAGCUGGAGGGAUCGUGGAGAGCGUCGGCCCGGGAGUGACGGAUCUGGCGCCGGGUGACAAAGUUCUGCCGGUGUUCACCGGGGAAUGCAAAGAGUGCCGCCACUGCAAGUCGGAAGAGAGCAACAUGUGUGAUCUCCUCAGGAUCAACACCGACCGUGGAGUCAUGCUCGCCGAUGGCAAGUCCAGGUUCACCGUCAAGGGCAAACCAAUUUACCAUUUCUUGGGGACAUCCACCUUCAGCGAGUACACCGUCUGCCACGUCGGCAGCGUCGCGAAGAUCAACCCCGACGCCCCUCUCGACAAAGUCUGCGUCCUCAGCUGCGGCAUCUCCACAGGUCUUGGAGCCACUCUGAAUGUUGCAAAGCCGAAGAAGGGUCAGUCAGUUGCCAUCUUUGGGCUCGGAGCAGUUGGCCUUGCUGCUGCUGAAGGUGCAAGGCUUUGUGGAGCAUCAAAGAUCAUUGGGGUUGAUUUGAACGCGAGCCGAUUCGAGCAAGCCAAGAACUUCGGAUGCACGGAUUUCGUGAACCCGAAAGACCACGACAAGCCUGUCCAGCAGGUGAUCGCUGACAUGACCAACGGAGGAGUAGAUCGUAGUGUGGAGUGUACCGGAAACGUCCAGGCCAUGAUCUCGGCAUUCGAAUGUGUUCACGAUGGCUGGGGUGUUGCAGUGCUAGUCGGUGUUCCGAACAAGGACGACGCGUUCAAGACCCACCCGGUGAACUUCCUGAACGAGAGGACGUUGAAGGGAACCUUCUUCGGCAACUACAAGCCUCGGACCGACCUUCCUUCCGUUGUUGAGAAGUACAUGAACAAGGAGCUUGAAGUGGAGAAGUUCAUUACUCACUCCGUGCCCUUCUCGGAGAUCAACAAGGCGUUCGACAUAAUGCUGAAAGGAGAAGGGCUGAGGUGCAUCAUUCGCAUGGAGCACUAAGAUGGAGGGAUGAAAACUGAAAAACCAGAGCGAAUGCGCAAGAGAUGGUGAUCGGCUUCAGUAUAUAUGAUCCUGUUUAGUAGAACUGUAUCGAGUCUAAUCUUUGUAAUAUUAAUAUUGUGCACUUGGCCUUGGGGAUCUCGUGUAUGAAAAGAGCAACUAUGUCUUUCUGUUACUUGUAUGCAAGUUUGGCUCCUCUGUUUUCCCCCAUAGUCAUCUCUACUGUUAUUUGCUAUAAACUGCUUGUCAGGAGUAAGUACACCAAUCAAUACUAAUAAACAUCUCCAUUCUGAGACAUAAUCUUGGCUAACAUGAGAUUGGAUAAUUCUGCGAUUAGCAGCUUGCAGAAGGUGACAAUUAGAGGAUUGAUUCGCAGAGUAGAGAAGUUAAUGCUCUACUGUUUUAAACAUGUAAAACUGCUAAAGUUUGUCUCUAGUAAAAAGUUG